AUGGCGGAGUGCCAAGCAAUGAAGGAGGAAACCGCUCCAGAGGAACAAGUCCACUUCGUGGCAAAUGCAAGGGUGAACAACCCGUAUAGCAAUAUUUAUAACCCCGGAUGGAGGAACCACCCCAACUUUGCUUGGGCAUCGCCGAAAAAUCCAAGGCCCUCGGGUUUUCAAGGCCCCAUGGGAAAUUUCCAACCUCGGUCGACCUUCAUCCAACAAAGACCUCAAGUCCAAGGCUCAAGCUUCCACCAGCCGUACCAAGCACAAGGUACCCUAGAGUUUCAACAACAACAACAACAACAACCCGACAAGCUAUCUAAGCUUGAAGACCUAGUGAACAACUUUGUGAGUACGAGUGCCCAAAAGUUUGAGAAGAUAGAGCAAUUUAUUGAUGUGGCGACUACCAAGUUUACCUCGGUUGAGGUGGGUCUCUGA